AAGCUGCGCCUUCUACCCCCUCAUACUGGUAGACUGCUCUUCUGCUCACAAAAGCAUCCUUAUCCGCUUACAGCCUUCCCAGCCUGUGCCAUACAGCCUUGAGAGAUAGAAGAGGGUCACUUAUCGCUCCACACGGACCUUCGGCUGCGGUUCAGUAACGUCAUCGGGCGCCAUCUGCGAGCAACGCUACACCUAGAGCUUUUUCACAGGACCCAGCACUUACCAUGAACAGCACCAGACACAGACUGCUUUACCAGCUAAACAGUCGCUGGAUCUACGGAAAGAUUCCGCUGCUCCAUUCGAUUGUCUUUCUUUUGCAAAUGGCUGCCGUGAGUCUGCUCACGCGCAAGUACAACCAGUACUAUGCAGCGCGACCAGUCCUCACUACCAUGAUUACCAACGCCGUGUUGGGUGGUAUUGCGGAUACAGUAGCGCAAACACUGACUGCUGUGCGAGAGCGCGCCGUUCGCAAGAAGGGCGGCCCAGGCAAGGACGACUUCCUGGCGAUUGAGAUUCACGACCUUGACAAGCGCAACCCCUUCAACGAGAACGAUCUCAUUCCCGAUUCGAAGAAACUGCCGCCGCCCUUUGAUUUCGAGCGCACCACCAGGUUCAUGUCGUACGGUUUCCUCAUGUCGCCCAUCCAGCACAGGUGGUUCAGGUUCCUGUCCGCCACAUUCCCCGUCACAAAGACUGCUACAUGGAUUCCGGCGUUGAAGCGCGUGGCUUUUGACCAGUUCCUGUUUGCUCCAGCUGGUCUGGCUGCAUUCUUUACCUUUAUGACAAUUGCCGAGGGCGGCGGUAAGCGAGCUGUGCAGCGCAAGUUCCAGGAUGUCUAUGUGCCUGCGCUCAAGGCCAACUACAUGGUCUGGCCAGCAGUGCAAAUCAUCAACUUCCGUGUCAUGCCCAUUCAAUACCAAAUUCCUUUUGUAUCCAGUGUGGGUAUUGCCUGGACUGCUUACCUUUCCUUGACCAACUCCGCCGAAGACGCCUAAGUCUCUCCUACUACACAAACAGACUUCCCUUGUACAACUAUCAUGGAUACACAUAAGCCAGAUCAUGAAGAUCUUGGUUUGCUGCCCUUGACCUUUUUGUGCAUCUCUACAAUUGAAUGGGCAUUUGCGCGGCGUUGGGUCUGUCGAUCUUUUGUUCAGAGGAGCUAGGGUUUGCGUGUACAACUGUCAACUAGAUCAGAAUGAAAUGCUAUUUCCAUUGUAUUGUACUGUUGGUUUAACAUGA